AUAUAUAUAUAUAUAUAGAGGACACGAAUUGACGCGCGUUUCGUGAAUUUAGUGUUUCAAAAUAAUAUGUUAAAGACAACCAUUAUUGAAAGAAAGAACACAUUUAUCAUCCUGGCUCUUAUUGUGAGACAACAUGGCUCUCCAAAGUGAAUCUAAGGAAAAAGUGCAAGCUCGUUGCGCGUUCGCUGUUGGAAGUCGUCGAUCAAUAAUCACUCGGUUCGGUUCAUCGGUCUAGAGAAAUGAAAGCACUUGGUACAAUAUAUUUUGUACUUAAUAUGAGUCUCUGCUAAGAUUUGUGAUGGAGGGCACACAUGCUCUCCUCCUAAGCAGUGCUGUUCUUUGGGUUGCUGCUACAAUAUACUCCCACAAAUGGGUACAUCAAUCGCAGAAAUGUUCACGAUCCUGAUUUGGACUUAUUGGACUGCAGCCGUACUGGCAGGUUUAGCAGCUGGAGCUGCAUGUGGUUAUUGGCUGUGGAGAUGUCGUCGGUCCAGCACAAAUGAGGAUUGUUCCACAUCCGAUAGGGCAUCUUCGACUUCCUGUUAUUUACCUCCUCACUAUAGUAGAUGUAAUUCUUUCGUUCAAGCCAUGCCACCUCCCUAUAAUGAGGUAACAGCAAAACCGGAUUUGUAUCCCCUUGUAAUUGGCUACGAUGAUGGAUUUGGAAAAGGUGCUUCUGGUUUUGUGAUGCGUUAUUUCAGGUCACUUUCCCAUGCAAGUACAUUGGAUUCGUUGAGUUCCAGUUUCAUGUGUAAUGUCGUUAAUGAAGCAAAUACAAUAAUACCUCCGCCUUAUUCUUGCAAUAGUAUUGACCAGUUAUCGAUAGCUGGCUGUGAGAGAGCAGGAAAUAUGGACGAUUCAAUGGCUUCAUUGGCAAAUCAAAGAACUGUUUCUGAUAUUUCAAGUCUUGGCGCACAAUCGCCAUCGUCACCUCCACGUGCAACAAGUCCCACUUUAGAGUUACGAGAGCUUUUGGACAAAAUUCAGCAGCUUCCACAAUUGCCGAAUGGACCUAGUUCACAGCUAUUUCCGUCGCAUGAAACAAAUAACCGGCCACAAUUUCUUUAUCCAUUUAAUCAGGACGCUGCAACACAGCAUCAACCAUUGAGUCCAACGGAGGUUGUUAUGAAUAAAACGCGACGUGCUCGCGGUAAAGUUUACAUGUCCGUAGGUCCUCCAAAUGCAAGAAAUAAGGCAAAAAGAUGGUUAUCAAGAUCAGCGCCAACAACACCAUCAGGCACAAUACCAAUGUCAUUUUUGCCAGGACAGAGUAGAAGGCCUUCCGAUUCCGACAGCAAUAAUCAGCAAGUUGUUCCACUUCUUGCUGAACAGGAUGAAACUGAGAACAAUAAUAUUGAUAAUACGUAAGGCAUAUCGUUAAUCUAUUCUAAAUUGUAUAAAAAAAAAAUAUUUCAAGUUUAGCUAUAUAUUUAUGAAACGACGGUCAACUUUUUUAAUUUUUCUCGUUGAAGACGUCGAAAAACUAAUUUUAAUUAUUUUAUUUUAAUUAUAUUAAUAAUUUAAUUUUAUUAUUAUAAUUAUUUAAUUUUAUUUUUAUUUUAUUUUAUUUAUCUACUAAAAAAAAAAAACCAAAAUCUAGAUAUUAAACACUUUGUUAUAUAAAAAUUACUAUAUGAAUUUUUAGACUGAAAUAUUUUAAAAUGACAUAAUAUUUAACUAUUUUGUUACGCGAAUAUCGACGAAGGUUUUAUAUAUAUAUUCGUUAUAAAAAUAAUUUUAACGAACCAAUAUGUCGAAUUAAUUAAAAUUAUAAACGUACUUUUACAAAUUAGUAAUAUAGGAAAGAUUCCUGUCUCUGAAAUUCACAUAUUCGUAAUUUAAAAAAAUGAAAAUUUUGAAAGACGCCUAAUAAUCGUUCAAAAAAAUAUAUAUAUAUAUAUUAUUCCAGAAAAAAGUCAACUUUGCAAAACGUAAUUUAGAACUCACUUUUUAAAAAAAUAACAAUGAAACGCACGCGUUAAAAAAAGCAUCGAAGUUUUAAUUUAAAAAUGAAAAAAAAAUAGAGAAAUUCCGUCGAUUUUUCUUUUUUUGAAUUGCUUAUCUAUAAUUCUAAAAUUUAUAUUAAAAUUCCAUCCAAAAAUUCGUCUAUAUAGAAAAAUUUUUUCUGUAAAAUCAAAAUACAAUUCUUCAGAAUUCAACCUUUU